GGUUGUGUCUCUUUUAGUGCCUGACAGAUUGGCAAGAUGUCGCUCGUAAUUCCAGAGAAGUUCCAACACAUUCUUCGUGUCAUGGGCACGAAUAUUGACGGUAACAGAAAAGUCAUGUUCGCUAUGACAGCGAUUAAGGGUGUUGGUCGUCGUUAUGCUAACAUUGUUUUGAAAAAAGCUGAUAUCGACUUGGAUAAACGUGCUGGAGAAUGCUCAGAAGAAGAAGUGGAGAAAAUUGUUACCAUUAUGGCCAACCCUAGGCAAUACAAAAUUCCUGAUUGGUUCUUGAACAGACAAAAGGAUAUUGUUGAUGGCAAAUAUUCACAGCUUACCAGCGCCUACCUAGAUUCCAAACUCCGUGAAGAUUUGGAACGUAUGAAGAAGAUUCGUGCUCACAGAGGUUUGCGUCAUUAUUGGGGUCUCCGUGUGCGUGGUCAGCACACAAAGACCACAGGUCGUCGUGGACGUACUGUGGGUGUAUCGAAAAAGAAGUAAUUUUAUAUUUCAUAACUUACCAAUAAACUUAUAAAACAAAAUAUUC